ACACGGCUCUAGACUUCCAGCCAUGCAACAAUUCCAAUUCUAAUUCACUCUGUAUCCUUGAGAUGCGGAAGGAGAAAUCACGAGACGCCGCGAGGUCCAGGAGAGGCAAGGAGAACUACGAGUUCUAUGAACUGGCUAAAAUGUUGCCACUUCCUUCUGCCAUCACUUCUCAGCUGGACAAAGCGUCCAUAAUUCGGCUCACCAUCAGCUUUCUAAGACUUCGGGACUUUUCGGGUAUCGGCGACCCUCCGUGGGGAAGAGAUGGCCCAUCUGCUACUAAGAUUUUGAAAGGCGCACCUUUACGAGCCCGAACCAUACAAGAUUUGGCAAUGACUAUCUUUGAGCAACAUCAAGGAACACAUAUUUUGCAGUCACUGGACGGGUUUGCGUUUGCUGUGAGUGCGGAUGGUCGGUUCCUCUACAUUUCCGAGACGGUGUCCAUCUACCUAGGACUGUCUCAGGUGGAAAUGACCGGUAGUUCUGUAUUCGACUACAUUCACCAGCAGGACCACGCAGAGUUGGCCGAACAGCUAGGGAUCAAUUUAUCCCAGUCUCACUCAGUCUCUUCGCCAGGUUCAGUGGGCUCCGACGAUGGGUCUUGCUCGGCGUCUGGAGACGCGUCGACCCCCACGGGACUGGACCGACCAGCACCCGUCAUGACACUAAACAGUAGUAGUUCUUACAAAGACCUCGAGAGGUCGUUCUGUGUCCGAAUGAAAUCAACGUUAACAAAACGUGGGUGUCAUUUCAAGUCUACUGGUUAUAGGGUUGUAUUAGUUUUAUGUCAUCUACGGCCUCACUGCGUGUUCCCACAUAACCGGAAGCAGCCUCCUACGCUUAUCGGGAUGGUGGCGCUAGCAAUAGCACUUCCCCCUCCUUCAGUGCACGAAGUACGCCUGGAGAGUGGAAUGUUUGUAACAAGGCUCUCAUUCGACUUUAAGAUUGUUCACUGUGAACCCAGGAUAGCAGAACUUCUAGAUUUUACAGCUGAAGAACUAGUUGGAAGAAAUAUGUAUUCACUUUGUCAUGGACAGGAUGUUCAGCAACUUCGCAAGUGCCAUACUGAUUUAAUUCAUAAGGGACAAGUGAUGAGCGGUUACUAUCGUCUCAUGAAUAAGAACGGGGGAUUCACUUGGGUACAAACAUGCGCCACGGUCAUCUGUAACAAUAAAAACUCCGAGGAACAAGCUAUUAUUUGUGUGAACUACGUCCUUAGUGGCAUAGAGUAUGAAAACUGUAUAAUGGACUGUAGUCAGCUGACUCACACAACUGACCUCCAACCUGAUGACUCCAACCAUUCUGAAAGAGACUCACCUGAUAAAGAUCAUCCAGACGAUAUGUCACCGAAGGACAGUGAUCCCCGCCUUUCACCUAAGCCUAGAGACGGGCGUUCGUCAACAGGUGGCGAUAAUAGUAACCAAGAUCAGCUGACUCAGUUGAGUGCUGGUAACAAACAUCCUGACAAUCUUCGUCCUGUUGGGGAAAGUUUUUUACUGAGAAAUCAACAACCAUCCGAACUCCAAAUAGAAGAAGAACAGUUAGAUUUGACAAUAGAACCUUCAAGUUUCCCGGAGGAUCACCAAGUGGCAUCUAUAGGCUCUCCUACGGAACGGUCAAGUACAUCUCGGAAAAGAAAGUUUUCUGGGGGAUCAACUUCCCAUUCUGCUCAAAGCGAGCUCUCCAGGUCCCGUCCUGGAAGUACAUCUAGUCUGCGUAGCUCAAGUCCGCUCGCGAACGGAAGUUUCCUACAUAAUGGUGCUACAAACAAAAGCUUCAGCCCAGAUAGACAGGUGCCGCCAGCUAGUGUCGAAGAAAGAAUAAGUCCAAGAACUAGUAAAAAAGGUAGGGAAUCAGUUGAAACUGUUGAAGAAGUUCAGCGACCCUGGAAACGAUCUCCAGUUCCCCCGUUUGGUGCUUAUCCUGCAACAAAUGGAUCUUCUGCUAUGACAGUAAAAGAACUGGAAGAUGUUAUGAACAAGCAUUUACCUAAUUCACAGAUUCCUGGAAUAGUAGGAACUGUGGCGCCCCCUCAUGGCAGCCCGACCCAGGAGAUGAUGGCAUCACGCAUGGCUCACUCUCCACAGUCGCAUCAACAGUACAGGUCGACAAUCCAGUGGAUCGGUGGAUCUCAGACAACGCUCCCUGCCACGACAUUGCUCAGACAACUCUAUGUAAAUCGAGAAUCGGUAAUUCGUUCGGGGGCCCACGCGAGCAGACCUUCCUAUUAUGGUGAAGUUCAGGGGGCUCUACCCACGCCGCCAGGGAGCAGCACUGAUGGUAGCUACAGUGACCAAACUCAGUUUAUGUUGCCUGCUAAGAUGGCUGCAGAAUCUUACGGCGUCCUCUCCGGCUAUUCGACCGCACCUGUCAAUGUCAGUAAUUACAUGGAUACAUACAGUGCCAUGACUCCACCGGCCUCUGUGUCCCCCCGAGAAAAGUUCCCUGGGAUUGUAGAGAGCCAGACAUUUAGCGAUACGGCUGCUCUUCCUCACAUGAGACACUACGUCUCCGAGAGUCCACUUCAGCACCUUCCGUUGAAACCUCAGGUGUUUGUCCACCCUGGGAGCAUCGAUCCCUCGGCAUACAGCCACCCUCAUGCUCAACAAUCCAUGUCUCACGAGCAGCGACAGCUCUACGCUCAUCAUUCUAGAAGCUUUCAUCUCUACCACCCUCCGGGUGGAGGAAAGCCUACACACUCAAAUACCACCGCCUGGUAUCCUCAACCUAGCUCAUAGUCAGAUCCAGAACCUAAUCAGAACCUAAUGUCAGAUCCACAUAUCUUAAUAUAAUGGGAAACAGACUUCUUAAGUUAGCCAAAAUAUGAUCCAGUUUGAUGUUCCGAACAUAAUGGCUAGCGGAAUUUUUUUGUUUUUGUUUUUAGCUGCCCUUGUGUCCAGAAAACACGCGAACCUUAUUAAAACAACAUAAAAUAAAGUGCGAAAAAGUAUUUGAAGAAAUUUCCAGUCACCUUAAAAAAAAACUGUAAUACGAUCAGCAUGUCACUUUGAGAAAACAGAUAUGUGAAGUGUUCUUGCAACAGAGCCCUCUAUAGUGAUAUUCCUCUGUAGACAUAGUUGUGCAGAGUUAACGUUCUACGCUUUGUUUCGCCUGUGAUGGCAGGCACGUUUAAGUUCAAGGUGGUGGAAGUUCUAUGAACCUGAUUCACCAAUCUUCAAGGAAUGAGGAUAAAUCUCUCUACU